AUGGCCACCAUCAUAUAUCUCUACCGAUGCAUUUUCAACGACCUUCCCCCUCAAGCGUGUUACUCAUCACAAGAAGAAUUGUCGACAAUCACGAAUCUCAAGAUCGGCAGCAGGAAGUGGCGCGGGACCAAACGCGAAACGAGCUUCGAGGCCCUCCAGAUGAGCCUCAUCAUGGGCCUUUGGACAGGUUGGGAGGCAAGGGUGGGAAACGACUACCUACGUGUAGUAAAUGCCAUUGAGAAGGCCACACCAGGAGUGCAAAAUCUUGUCCCCAACGACACCGCCCCAGCCCCUGCUGAGACGGCCAAACACAGUAAAUAUUGCUGA